AUAAAAAAGCUUAGACAAUAGGACAAACAAAAGCUACAAAACCCCCCCCUUUGUAGACAAAGACCCUGUUCAUUUUGAGGGAGAAACCAAACAACACCUAGAGAGAGAGAGAGAGAGAGAGAGUAUGGAGCCAAAAGAGAGCUGCCAUCCAUUGUUGAGAGGAGGGAUAAAGAAAGUUAACACUUACAAUCAUGGUUUCUCUUCAGCUCAGAUCCAAACACUAUCUGCUUUUUGUGAAACUCUUAUCCCUCCACUUCCAGUUAACAACUUCAGUAAUGAACUCCCCUUUGACAAGCAAAAAGCUCUUCUUUCCUUCUAUAAAGCUUCUGGGUCUGAACAGCCUAUUCCUGAUGAGGUUGCAGAGUUAAUGGUUAACAGAGGUCUAAAGGAAGUUGUUUUGGUUGUGGAUUUUCUUUUGAAGGUUCUAUCUUUCAGAUUGGGUACAUUGUUGCUUUGUGGGUUUAUGUGUUUGGAAUGGAAUUGGCCUUUCAUUCACAAGUUCUCUGAAAUUUCUUUAUCAAAGAGAGAGGAUAUUGUCAAGAGAUGGGCAAAGCAGAAGUACUUCUUUCCUUUAAGAGUGUUGUUCAUGGCUGUCAAAAUCUUCUGCUCCUACACCUUCUUCUCCAGGACUGAUGACAAUUCAGAAAACCCAGCAUGGGAAGCAAUUGGAUACCAUAAAGACACAAGAGAAAAGUUGACAAAAUCCAGAAAAGAGAGACCUCUAGAGAAGGGGAUCGUAGAACUUGCAAAUGAAGAUGACUUGACUCUUGUCAAAUCUCUCAUGCAAAAAGGCAUCCAAGUCACUGAAGAUCCAGAUCAUAACACCUACAAGAUCAAAUGUGACGUUGUAAUUAUUGGUUCUGGUUGUGGUGGAGGAGUUGCAGCUGCAGUGCUUGCAAGUUCAGGCCAGAAAGUACUCGUCUUAGAGAAAGGGAACUACUUUGUGCCAGAAGAUUAUUCUUCAGUGGAAGGUCCUUCGAUGGCUGAACUAUACGAGUCUGGUGGAUUUCUACCUACUCUCAAUGGGAAAAUUAUGAUUUUAGCUGGAUCAACAGUGGGUGGAGGCUCAGCUAUUAACUGGUCUGCCUGCAUAAAGACACCAGAUACUGUUCUUAAGGAAUGGUGUGUGGAUUAUAGAAUUCCACUUUUUGGGAGCCCUGACUACCAUUAUGCAAUGGAUGUUGUUCAAAAGAGAAUUGGUGUUACAGAUAAUUGUUCCAAUGAAGGAUUUCAGAAUCAAGUUCUUCGAAGAGGGUGUGAAAAUCUUGGUUUGAAAGUUGAUUCAGUUCCUAGGAAUUCCUCUGCUGAUCACUAUUGCGGUUCAUGCUGCUAUGGCUGUAGAACAGGAGAUAAGAAGGGAACUGACUCUACCUGGCUGGUCGAUGCUGUAGGCAGCGGUGCCGUGAUCCUAACAGGAACAAGAGCUGAGAAAUUCAUAUUGGAGGAAGAUCACAGUGGAAGGAGCAGGAAAAGAUGCAUAGGAGUGAUUGCCAAAACUUCAAAUACAAAUGUUACUAAGAAGCUGCAAAUUGAGGCUAGAGCAACAAUUUCUGCAUGUGGUUCCCUCUUGACUCCUCCUCUAAUGAUCUCUAGUGGGUUGGCGAAUCCAAAUAUUGGCAGGAACCUUCAUCUCCACCCAGUUAUAAUGGCUUGGGGAUACUUUCCGGAGCACAUAUCAGAUCUCAGUGGAAAAAUAUACGAGGGGGGAAUCAUCACAUCUGUCCACAAAGUGGUCUCAGAGGAGUCCAAGGUCUGUGCCAUUCUAGAAGCUCCAGCACUCGGGCCAGCUUCAUAUGCAGCAUUGUCUCCAUGGGUUUCAGGACAGGACUUUAAGGAUAAGAUGGUAAAGUAUGCUAGAACUGCGAACCUAUUUGCAUUGAUUAGAGAUCAAGGUUCAGGAGAAGUGAAAUUAGAGAAAAAAAUUAAGCACAGAAUGAGUCGGUCAGAUAACGAAAAUCUUAGAAUUGGCUUGAGGCAAGCUUUGAGAAUUUUAGUUGGUGCUGGAGCUGUGGAGGUGGGAACUUACCGGAGCGAUGGCCAAAGAAUCGAAUGUAAAGGUGUUAAGGAGACAGAUUUAGAGGAGUUCUUGGACACAGUGACAGCAUCAGGGGGGUUAACAUCAAAGGAGGAGUACUGGAACAUGCUGUUUUCUGCACAUCAGAUGAGUAGUUGUAGGAUGGGAGCUACAGAGGAAGAAGGAGCAGUUGAUGAAAAUGGUGAAAGCUGGGAGGCAAAGAACUUAUUUGUUUGUGAUGGGAGUAUUCUACCAAGUGCUGUUGGGAUCAAUCCCAUGAUUACAAUCCAAUCAACAGCAUACUGCAUUUCCAAAAGGAUAGCUGAAUCCAUGAAGAAAUACUAUUAGAUAGCUAAUUUGUCGGAUAUAAAAGAAUUAUUCUUGAUCAUUAACUCAAGGAUUGUAGUGGAGAUAAACAAGUGAGUAAAUAAAUCCCCUACUUCCCUUUUCAUUCUGUUUCUAAUAAAUACAGCCAUCGUUGUACAAUAAAUCUGAGAUGGAAUAAUAUCUGGCUACAGUUCAUCAAA